AUGAUGUACUUUUCUAGUAACUUCGUAACGAUUGAAACCAAAGGUAAAGUUCAUGGAAUUCGUUUGUCACUAAAACAACAAGUUCUCAACCAACCUGAACAAAUAAGUUAUUUAUUACUUAUGUCAAUGAACAGCUACUUCAACAACCCUUUAGACAAUAAAUCGCGGAGUACUAGUUUCUUUAUUUUCUCUGAAAGACGUGCUGUUUCUUUGGCUCACACAUUCAAAUUCAUUAAGACUCUUAUUAGGUAAGCCCUUUAAAAGGUGGAUCCCGUGUGAUUUAUUUUUCUCUCUCAGAAAAAUGACACUUCCGUUUUGUUAUUGUUGUGUAAAACUGCUAACUCAGUGAAAUUCUACCAGGUAAGCCCGCCGUUAAAGAGCUACCAGAAAAAACCAUUUUUCAAGUUGGCGAUGUGGUAGUAUUAACAUGUGAGGCUACUGGAGAUCCUAAGCCUUCUAUUACAUGGAGUAAAGAUGGAAAUACCAGUAUACCACGGGCUCAAUUCAGAAACGAUGGCCACAUUCUUGUCAUUCAAGAGGUCGCACCUAGUGACGGAGGCAUUUAUGAAUGCAGAGCGUCAAACAUUUUUGGGCAACGCCGAACAACUACAGCAGUGGUCAUCGCGGGUAAGUAUCAUCAACUGUGGUAUGGCUGGCCAAAAAAUAUAAUUUUUCCUUUAUGCGAGCAAAAGCUAAAAACGGUUGAUGUCAUAUAUUCGAACCCAGGACCCCAUGACCUUUCAAAUUAUGGGUGGAGACUGUGCCAAUCAGCUUUCGGAAAGUGUUAGAGGUUUUGUAUCAGACGUUGUCCUGUCAACGUCACCUAGUUUUAUUCGUUGGCUCUAUUAAAGAUGUUGAAUCUUAUCUUCUUUCCUCUUUUUAAACUCAGUGCCGCCCAGCAUCAUGAAAGACGUUUCCCCUCGGUCAGUUCUAUGUGCAAAGGAAACUCCAUGUUCUUUGCUAUGCCACGCAACUAGUGACAUUUCAUUUAAUUAUUCUUGGACAAGGAAUGGCCAAGCUCUAGAUGGCCAUAACGUUAAGGUCAUGAACAACAGUGUUAUUAUCACUCCUCUUGAUGAUCAAGAUUUUGGAGAUUAUGAGUGUCACGCCACAAACUCAUUUGGAUCUACAACUUACGAAAUAACUUUGUCAGAAAGCAGAGAGGAAGAAAAUAGUAAGUGUUGUCAAUGUUAAACGCUCUGAACUUCCAAGAAACAUUUGAUCCUUUACAGUUCUAUCUGAUGAUUUCGGUACGUAGUGUUUAUGGAUACUUUACUACGUCCACAGGCGGCCCAAGCUCCAGCCGUGAGAUGAUCAUCUUGCGAAUAAGAGUCAUGACGAAAUUAUAAGAGUUUGUAUGGGAAUAUUUACGACCAAUGUUAGGAAUAUAAAUUACAAUCAAAUUCUCAAUAAAAAUACCUCACCUUACUUCCACAGUGCAUCGCUUGUUAUCUAACUGCUUACUAUGUCAAAAAGAACCCAAUAUAGCUAGUUAUCCAUCUCUUGGUUUAUUACCUACAUAAGAGAGGCCCAAGAUGCACACUCCAUUUCCGAACGCUCGAUCCGAGAAGCGAAAAAUCCAAGCUCAAAAUGACCGGGCGGCCACAAAUCUAUCGCAAAAUCCAAGCACACAUACUUUAGUUUCAUUUCAGUUCACAACAAAUUAAAUCUUCCCUGUGACACCGACGCUAAGCCGCAGUUUGCUUCAAAAAUUUCCGGUUUAGACGUUUCUUAUGGCCCGCGUUCACAUUCACCAUGAUACACGACCUUUGAAAACUAGCUUGUUAACCCCACCUUAUUUGCAAACUGUGCCUUGCCGGGAACCACACCGUCACUUGGCACCCGUGGUUCUUAAACAAUUUGUUGCUGAUAAGUGACGGUGUGGUCCCCGCCGAGGCUCAGUUUGUAAAGGAGGGGGGUUACCAAGCCAGUUUUCAACAGUUGUAUAUCAGGGUGACUGAAAGCUGGGUAUUACAACGUGGUUUUUGAAGAAGGGAACAAAAGGGGAUCAAAUGAAGAAAUAUAUGAAGAAGUAGUGCUUUUUAAUUGCUAAUUUCUAGUUUUUAAGGAAGGCGUUAGAAACGUUUAAACUGGAAAUUUUCGAAGCAAACUGCGGUUUAUCGUCGGUUUCACGGGGAAGAUUGAGUUUGGAGUAAAUUAAAAUGAAACUACAGCAUAUGUGCUUGGAUUCUGCGAUGGAUUUGUGGCCGCCCGGUCAUUUUGAGCUUGGAUUUUUCCCCUCUCGGAUGGGGCGUUCGGAAAUGGAGUGUGCAUCUUGGGCCUCUCUUAUGUACGUGAUAAACCCAGAAAUGGAUAACUAGCCAUGUUGGUUCUUUUUGACAUAUUAAGCAGUUAGAUAACAAACGAUGCACAGUGGAAGUAAGGUGAGGUAUUUUUAUUGAGAAUUUGAUGGUACUAUAUAUUCCUAACAUUGGUCGCAAAUAUUCCCAUACAAACUCUUAUAAUUUCGCCAUGACUCCUAUUUAGCAAGAUGAUCAUAAUCAAAAAAAUAAACAAAUAAACAACAAAAUAAACAAACAAGACUGGUUAUCAUUUACAACUAAUUUAGAUUAGAACGUUAGGAUCAAAUAAUGCCAACCUCUAUGCCACUUAUAACUUUAGAAUUGCCUUUUUUACCCUCUUGAAUUUUGUUUUAACUUAUUUUUUAAAGAAGAAGGGUUUAAUUUCUUUUUUUAAUGUUUCAUAAUUUUUUCAGUGUGAUUUUGAGGAGUUUGUUUCUACACAGUGUACCUCUAUUUAUCUAUACAUUUUUCUCUACUUUUUGGACAGAUGUACAGAGCAUCUUUCGGGUUAGUGACAUCAUAUGGUCGUGGGUCCUUUUCCUGAUGCUUCUUUUGAUUGGUGUAUUGAUAUGGCGGCUUAGAAGAGCUCAGGCGAGCAACAGACCAGCGACUGCUAAGAAAGCCACUAUUAGAGAUACUGUCCAGUCUGUCUUUCCACUUGAGCAGCAUGCGUCAGAACCAGGGUCAUAUAUGGAGCUCCGCCCCAAGCCUUCCGAAGGACAAACACGAGUCCUCCCUGAAUACCAGUCCUUACAAGGGAGCCACGUGAACGCUGGGUAUUACAACGUGGUUCCCGAAGAAGGAAACAAAAGAGGAUCAAAUGAAGAAAUAUAUGAGGAAAUAGAGCUUUAUGAUUGCUAAUUUCUAGUUUUUAAGGGAGUUGAUUGUUACACAGUCGCAUGUAGAUAUAAAUGAUAACAACAAUGUUGUAGCUUACUUGUCAACUACACGUCAAAUAGGAAGGUAUUUAGAUGUUAUCAUAGAAUAUGCUUUGCCUCUACAGUGGAUGAUUGCAUAAUACACCAAAUCCAUUUGAAAAAUCACUGUAUGUUCUGUCCGUACAAUAAAAUCUGAACUGUCG